AUGGCUUCCUCCGGUAGUGUCUUCUCAGAGACGCUUCAAGAGAUCACCAACACCAAACUUCAGGAGCUGUCCAAGAGACGCUCUCGCUUUGAGGAAGCCAAGGCGGUGAUUCUUUCUUCCGUUAAGGUAGAGAAGGAUGCCGUCAAGCGUCUCGUGAUCUUGAGCGAUGGCGUCAAGAAGUGCUUCUCUAUCAAGCUCACCAAGGAGAACAAAGUCAUCUUAGGUCGCACCAGCCACAAACGUCUGGAGAUUGAUCUCAAGAACCUCGACCGCUUCCUUGGUCAGGCCAAGACAGAUCCUUCUGUGUCGCAGAAGCUGUUGGCUGCCUGGGAGGAGUCACUUACUCGUCAGCUUGAUAUGCAGGCCCUUCAGUAUCAGUAUGCCUGGCUCUAUGGUGAGCUCGUGACCGAAUGGUUGUCCGGCGAUAAGAAGCAGGAUCCAGAGGCCGAUGUUGAGAUGGGUGAGGCGUUCGAGGACGUCGGCGACCAGGCCAAACUUCAGUCCAAGAUUGACUGGGAGGACACCGUCUUUCAAGCCGCCGACAUUGAUACCAAGGCCCUCAACAGUUACCUCGAACAUCUUUUCGGUUGUAACAACAAGGACAAGAAGGCCAUGGUUAAUAGUCUCAAGGUCCUUCGGCGAUGUGUCUCUGACCAUGAAGCAUCCAUCUCAACACCCAAUCAGUUCACUGUUGGCUCCCUCAAGUGGAUCAUUCCCGGCCUUCACUCCUCUGAUCUCCUCUCUAAUGAGAAACGAGAAGUUCUCAAGGACUUUGAAAGCAAUGAUAUGAUCUUGAAGGAAAUUGCAGACGUUCUCAACAUGCGCAUCAAUGCCCUCGAAUCAUGGACGUGGAACUCCGAAACUCCUGUCCCAGUCUCGAUGGAGAAGAAGAUCAGCGGAGUCUUCAACAUACAUAUGCAUGAGGACUUACUCCAAGCCAUCUUCCUCCAGUAUAUUGGUGUCAAAUGGAGUGUUUUUUUCAAGACAGCCUUCAAAAGGUUCCGUGAUUCUGUAGCCUGGAAAUCGGAGAGGCAGGAGAUCCCUCGAGACGACCGGCGACGACUUGGCUACUACCUUGGCCCACUUUCAGACUCACCGUGCCUACAGCGUGAACGUGUGAAGGUCAAUGAAGAGAGAUAUUUCAUGGCACAGCUUAUGGACUCUGUGGAUGAAAUCACAGGCACUGCCGACGGUGAAGAGGAAGCUGAGUACGAACGUUUCACCGCCGACACCAAGAAACGCAAAGUUGUAGUCCAGGCUAUGCAGGCACCUCGGAGACAGCUUGCUAGCAAAGCAUGCCGAAAGGCAGCACCAUCGACCAUGGGUGUGGGCCAGGGAGGUGCAAUGAGGCAUCGCAGGAUCAUGAAUACAAACAACUUUUCUGCCGAGGUUGAUUAUUCUGAUGAAGAGGAAGAAGAAGACGACGGCGACGAUGACGAUGAAUACAACAAGUCUCGAAGCCCAAUGGCACUCAAGCAGACCUUGCUUCACUUGUUGUCUACAGAGAUCACCAUCAACACUCAUCUUUAUGGCGAGCUGACGGCAUUCCACUCAGUUUUUGAUGACUGGAACCCCAAGCUUCCUCAUGACACUGUCUUCACGAUCCUCAAGUUCCUUGGUGUCUCCGAUACGUGGCUUGGGUUCUUCAAGAAGUUCCUUGAGGCGCCUCUCAAGUUUGUCGACGAUGACGACUCGUCUGCACGCAAGAGACGUCGUGGUACUCCAGCAGCUCAUGUUUUGAGUGAUGUCUUUGGCGACACGACCCUGUUUUGCCUUGACUUUGCUGUCAACCAGGCUACCUCUAACAACUUGUGGAGAAUGCAUGACAACUUUUGGUUCUGGUCGCCUGAUCACAAGGUCGCUGUGAAGGCCUGGGACACUGUUGAUGAGUUCACCAUCGUCACCGGUGUUAGUGUCAAUUCUACCAAGACAGGCACGGUCCGCAUCUCCAAAGAUAGCAAUUCGAUCCUUCCCAUCGAUGAUUCACUGCCAGAAGGUGAGAUUCGUUGGGGAUUCCUUCGCUUGUCACCCAAGACAGGCCGGUUCGAGAUUGAUCAGAAAAUGGUCGACUCUCAUAUCAACGAACUUCACAAACAGCUACUUGACAAGCGCAAAAGUAUUCUUGGCUUCAUCCAAGCCUGGAACACAUAUGCUGCGACCUUUUUUACCUCCAACUUCGGUAAAGCAGCGAACUGCUUUGGUCGCGAACACAUCGACAACAUGCUUUCAACUCACAAGAAGAUUGAAGAGCAGGUAUUCAAAAAGCUCUCAGAUGGGCAAGUCACGAACGUGGUGGAGUUCUUGAAACAGGAAAUCAGUCAGAGAUUCGGCAUCAAGAAUAUUCCUGAUGGCUACCUCUACUUCCCUAUGGAACUUGGAGGACUUGACCUGCAGUCCCCGUUCAUUUCCCUCAUGCAGAUUCAUGAUGAAGUCUCCAAGAACCCGUCCCAGCCUAUGAUCGACUUCCAAGAAGAUGAGCGUCACGCAUACGAAGGUUACAAGAAAAAGUUCCUGAGCGGCAAAACUCGCCAUGAACGAUACGCUCUUGACGAACCAGACUGGGUCCCAGAAAGCCAACAAGAUCAAGACACCUUCAUGCCCUUUGAAGAAUUCAUCCGCUACCGCGAAGCUUUCUUCUUCGAGCAUUUCACAGCCACCAACAGACUGCACCGCAUCUUCCGCACGCUCAUGAAGAGGCCUACCGAGAGCAAGGUUGAGACCGAUGAUGGAAGGAUAUCAGCUGCGAUGGAGCAGUUACGUGGAGAGUCGAAUCUGCAGGGUAUCACUGGAUGGUGGAAUAACAUGGAUGCGUAUUGGACGUGGGUUGCUACGUUCUAUGGACAUGAGAUUGUUGAGAGGUUUGGAAGGCUGAACAUUGUGAACACGGAGCUGUUGCCUAUUGCUAUGGUUACUUUGUUUAGGGAUAAGCGUGUCAAGUGGCAGGCUUAG